AUGGAGCAUCUAAUCGCUGCGAGGCCGCUGCCACCUGCCAUAGGAAGGGGCGAUAAAAUCGAAGGAGCAAAAGCACCUGAAAGAAUGAAAACGUCCAUAAGAGACAAAUUAGCUGCCGUGCAAAGCAUGCGUACCAACGAGCUGCAGGAGGCCCUUGCACGAGAAAAGCAACUGUCAUACGUUAUAUGUGAGUUGAAGAAACGCUCGGGGGAAAUGGAGGUAUCGCGGGAAACGGAGCGAGAAAUAAACGCGCAGAAGUCCUUUUAUAUUAUUAAGGAAAACGAGUGCCUGAAGAAGCAGGUUCAGUUGCUGGAGAGGGAACUUGCUGACGCAAGGCGGAGGUACGAGAGGGAACUCUUGCGGCUGCAAACAGCGCUGAAUAAUACGCAGGAGAUGCUUGUAACGGAUAGGCAGAUAUCGAAGAAGCGAGAAGGUGAGAGGGAGGAAGCCGUUCAACGUUUAGUGACGAACCUUCGCCUCAUGCAAGCAGAGAUUGUGCAUUACGAAUCGGAGAAUAAACGGUUGGAGGCCACGAAGCAGGCGCUGAGUGAGUCGAAAGCCGAAUGUGAAUCGGUGAGAGCGGAGUGCUCCCUAUGGAAAGAAAUCUGUCAGCAUCAGCAGUGGUUUCUUUUGAAUGAGCGGGAGGAAUUUGUAGAUGCUCUUCGUGUUCAUGAAUUGGAGGAGAAACAACUGUGGGAAGGUACCACUUGCGCAGCGGCUAAGGUGAUGGCCGGAUAUGCGAAGUCUGUAACUGAGCGUAUGGAAAGCGAAGUUGACAUCUGUUUUAAGUUAAAAAUGCUUAUGCUGAAGGAUGUGGUGUCCACCAUGAAAGCAGAGCAACUCGAGGAGCAGCGAAAGUUGGCGGCUGAGGAACUGAAAGAGCUGAGGGAGAAGCGUAUGGCACUGAUGAAGCUAUUUGACAACUACCAGCUGCAAAUAGAACAAAAUCAGAGGGAGAACUGCGAGAGUUUAGCACUGCUGAAGUCAGUUGAUGAUGCCACAAUGGCGUAUGUCUUGAAGCAAAGGGAUCAAGAGGUGGUAGAUAAAAUAUGUCUAUGGAAGGGUGCAUAUUUAGAGGGUGAUAAACUUUUACGGGCACUACUCAAGCGCUAUCAACCGUUCCAGCGGGGAGACGAGAAGUUUGUCUCCCAUGUCAUUGGAUACUUGAACAAAGGGCCGCAUGUGCAAGAACCACUUGAUAUAUGGCUUGAUUAG